GGUCUUCAUGCGGGCUGUCAUAGGAGGGGGUUAGCUUGCGGUGCAGUCUCCUUCAGCUCGCCCUCCAACCGGUGACGCCUGCCCCAGCCGUGCGGUGUGAGGAAGACCCCUUAUAAAGUCACUUUAGCCGAUCGUCAUCCACAUCUUCACAAGAUAUAAUGGCUGUGCCUCCCACAUAUGCUGACCUGGGCAAGUCCGCCAAGGACAUCUUCAACAAAGGCUAUGGAUUUGGCCUGGUGAAGCUUGAUGUGAAGACCAAAUCUGCCAGUGGCGUGGAAUUCAAAACAGCUGGUUCCUCCAACACUGAUACCAGCAAAGUCGCAGGCAGCUUGGAAACUAAAUACAAGAGGUCAGAGUACGGCCUGACCUUCACUGAGAAGUGGAACACUGAUAACACCUUGGGAACUGAAAUCACCAUUGAAGAUCAGAUUGCUAAGGGACUGAAGGUGACUUUUGACACAACUUUCUCACCAAACACUGGCAAGAAGAGCGGCAAAGUCAAGACUGCCUACAAGCGCGAGUAUGUCAACGUGGGCUGUGAUGUUGACUUCGACUUUGCGGGUCCCACCAUCCACGGAGCUGCUGUCAUUGGCUACGAGGGAUGGCUCGCUGGCUACCAGAUGAGCUUUGACACUGCCAAAUCCAAAAUGACACAGAACAACUUCGCCAUUGGCUACAAGACAGGAGACUUCCAGCUACACACCAAUGUCAAUGAUGGAGCAGAGUUCGGUGGCUCCAUCUACCAGAAGGUGAGUGACCAGCUGGAGACAGCAGUCAAUCUGGCAUGGACCGCUGGAAGCAACAGCACACGCUUCGGCAUUGCAGCCAAAUACCAGCUGGACAAAGAUGCCUCCAUAAGUGCUAAAGUGAACAACAACAGCCUUGUUGGUGUUGGAUACACCCAAACUCUUAGACCAGGUGUGAAACUCACCUUGUCUGGCCUGGUUGACGGCAAGAACAUCAAUGCAGGAGGCCACAAGCUGGGUCUGGGCUUGGAACUGGAAGCCUAAACUAUCGUCAAACUGAAAGGGAUAAGGGAAUAUCAGAAGAAUCUGGCCUUAAAUGUGUGUCCGACUCAAACCAGCAAGGGAUAUCUUGGAGAGAUUGAUUCAAAGGCUAUUGCAACAAACUCUUAAUUGAGUACCACUUCAAGUUGGUGCUUUGUCACAUUUACAUUUUACCAUUUGUUGCGUUUCACUUUGUAGUUGCAUCUGUUUAAGAGACAGUUGUUGGCAUAUUAUUUAUGAAUAUUGUCAUAGUUGUUGUCCAACACUGCCAUAUUAAUCUGAUCAAUGCAAUCCCUUUGUCUGACAUCAACUCUGUGGCUUAAUCUUGGUAAUCCUAGACACUCCGUUUCCUUUUUUUUUUUUGUUUUUUUUUUUUUGGGUGUGACAGCAUUAGUUGGCAGUUUGUGUGGUGAGAUUGUGAUCCGCUCUCAGAUUUUUUUCAGUCAUCCAUCUGAUAUUCCUUUGUCAUCUCAACAGUUUUCUUUGGUACACAAGACCUUUUUUUUCCUUCCUGCUAAUAUUUAAAUCUGCUGCGUUCUUCCUGUUCAUGCGCACAAAGGACAAUUUUACCACUCACUCAUGUUUGCGUCGGCCAUCAGGGUUUCGUGAUGUUUGGGUAAAGCCGUUCGUGUGACCUUCCUUUAAACUGGGUAGUUUUCAGGUUGCGGCACGUUGGUUGCGUAAGAUUGACUUGAGAAACCUGUGCACAUGGCCGACCGAACAGAAUUGGUUUUCAUUUUAUUCCGUAACAACUGUGGGGGGGUGGGGGCAGGCACAUAUUGUUCACAGUAAUGCCAAACGAUCAUUCUGCAGGAGAAGUGUGAAUCCAGAAUUGCACUCGCUCUAUGAAACGUGCUUCCCUGUCUUGGGCAGACACUCGGCCCACAGGAAAGCUUGGAGGUCCUUAUGUGUAUGUCUAAGUUUUCAAUAAAGUCUUUGAACUCUC